AUGGGAUCCUCGACAUCAAAAUCAGCUAGGAAAUUACCAACAUCCACCUCUCGUCCGUCCCCACCAUGGGCAGGAACAAGAACCCCUCAUCCUGAUUCUCUCUUUCAGCCUGGACAGACACAUUCUCCUCAAUCCUCUGCUCAAAAUCCACUUGGAGGAUAUGUGAAUCCGACAAAGAAUUUCAGCGGGGAGAAAGACCAAGCGGUGAGACAAGAUGCGCUGGACCCUCAGUUCAUGGCGAAUCUCUCUAGAUUAGGGCCGGUCAGUAUACAUGAUGUCGGACAUUUUGUCAAAUCUCCCCCACUGGCCCAACGUACACUCUCAGCACGUCAAUCUCAAUCUCAACUCCCCCCUUCAACUCUCACCGCUCAAUCUCUCACUUCACUCCUCGACGAAAUAAAGACUCUUCCUUCCGACGCCGGAAGUCUUAUGAAGAUUGAGAGGCUGUAUAGACAGUACGGAGUUGAUAAGCAGACUAUGGAACGGUUGAGAAGAUGGGUGAACAGUCCUAGUGUCGGAAAGGAGCAUAAGAGGGUGGUGGAAGGUGAAGAGAUUGUAGAAUUACAAGCUGUUUGGGUGGAUGGUCCUCGUCCGUCAUGA